GCCAGCGCCGCUGACGCCAUGUUUGCCGCCCGCGCGCUUCCGGUGUCCUGAAACAGCUGCUUCCGUCAGCCCGGGAUCUACUUCCGGGUCAGCGCUGCAAUUCAAAGAGUGGCGGGACAGUGGCAGGAGACCAAUUUGAUGGCUGUGCGGAAGCCGUCGCUCUUCCUGGACUCCAGCGAGAGUGACUCUGAGGUGCUGCCAGUGUUCACCUUCCUGAAGAAGGAGCCGCCUUCAGUCCAGAAGCCGCCUCAGAGGGCAGAGCAGAUCGUUGUGGUUGACACUUCAGGUUCCGAGGCCUCCUGCCCGCCGUCACCAAGGUGGAGAGACCAGUCCCCUGUCCCGGGAGUGACCGAGACCGACCCACAGAGAGAACCAGCCGAGGUGCUCAGCAGUGGCAGUGAGGAUGGGGAGGAACUGGUUCCCCUGGCCCAGCGGCUCAAGUGCAAGUUUUUGGCCCCUAAGCCACUGAGCCCUGACAGCUCCCCGGUCAAAACUGUGAGGCCUCAUCAAAAUAAGGAAGGAGCAACAGCGUGUGACCGGACACAACAGCCCUUGCCAAAGAUCCUGAAGGAGUCCCUUCCUGCCGUCCCGGAGAGAGGUGUGAGGAACCCCCGGAACUCUGCAGAGGACCCCCAGAUCCCCAGUGCUGCGGUUCCCCCACCUCAGAAGACAAGCAGGCCCCGGCAGAAGGCGCCGAGAGGAGGCUCGCAGGGAUGUCAGCAGCGGGAACGCGUGAGCCAGGAGGAGAGACGGAGGAAGGCGGCCCUGGCUCACCAGCUGAAAGCCCAGAGGCCAGAGGAGUGCUUAAAGCACCUGGUCGUGGUGCUCGAUCCAGAACUCUUACAGAUGGAAGGGGGCGGCCAGCUCCUCGGCGCCCUGCAGGCCAUGGAGUGCCGCUGUGUGAUUGAGGCCCAGGCUGUGCCCUGCAGCAUCACCUGGAGGAGGGCCAGGCAGGCUGAGGAUGGAAAGGAGGAUUGGGUGGAGGAGCCCGUGGUCCUGGUGCUGCUGCUGGCGGAGGCACUCGUACCCCUGAUCUGCAGCUUCAAGCAGGCCAGUCUGGGCGGUGCCGAGAAGGGGAAGGAGGCUCUGUGCAGCUUCAUCACAGACAUCAUGACCAAAACUGCGGGAAAGGCUCUGUCGCUGCUGAUUGUGGACCAGAAGGCCCCGAGUGCUCCGAACCCUCCCCGGAGAAGGAAGCAGGGUGCAGGGGCGGCCAGAGGCCCGGCCAAGGAGAAGCCAGCGCAGAGACAAGCAGAGGCCGGCGUCGGGCCGGGGGUGUCCAGGUUGGAUGUGGAGGAGGUGUUGGUGGAGCUGCAGCUGCACACCUCGGCGCAGGCGCUCACUGUGCACAGCUGGAAGGAGCUGGCGGAGCUGGCGUGUGCCUUCACCAAGGCCGUGGCCGAGGCGCCCUUCAAGAGGCUCCGAGACCAGACCAGUUUCUCCUUCUGCCUGGAGAGUGACUGGGCCGGGGGCGCUAAGGUGGACCAGGCCGGCGGGGGACUUGCCCUGGUGUGGCGGAGGCAGAUCCAGCAGCUGAACCGCGUCAGCCUGGAAGUGGCCAGUGCCGUGGUGGAUGCCUACCCUGCCCCGCAGCUGCUGCUGCAGGCCUACAGGAGGUGCUUUUCAGAGCAGGAGCGCUGGCGGCUGCUGGCUGACAUAAAGGUGCGUCGCGGCGAAGGGGUGACGGCCACCUCCCGCCGAGUGGGGCCAGAGCUGUCCCGGCGCAUCUACCUUCAGAUGACCGCUCUGCAGCCAGACCUCUGCUUGGACAACACGGACUGAUGCCCCCGUGGGGGGCGUGGGGGGCUGGGCAGCGUGAUGUGCGAGUAGGGGGCCACCCGCCCACCAGCUCAGAGGGAGAGGCCGGACCGUGCCCUUCCUUUACCCGCAGUCCCGGUUCCCUCCAGCCACAGCCGGCUUCCAGGCCCCCACCGCCCUGCCCGCCAGCCAGACGCCCCCCUCAAACACAGGCACCAGGACAGACCACUCAGACACGUAUUUAAUCAUGUAGAAAUCCAAGAAAACCUCAGCAUCCCAUCUGCUGCUCAUGCGGAACUGCCUCGGGGGCUGCGCGCCCCCACCGCCCCCCACCCCAGCUGCCUCCCCAGCCACCCAGGGGCGGGCCUGGAGCCUGCGCGCUCCCACCUACGCCCUGGGGUUGUUUUCAAUAAAGCAUCCGGACCGCUGGCUCGGGGGACUGAGGGAACGUGGAGUGAUCCUGAGCAUGGGGUGGGCCUGCAUGCCCAGCAGGGCCGGCCCUGUGGGGGAAAGAACAGGCCAUUGCUUCCGGGAUGGGGCAGUCCCAGGGCAGGCAGGGCGUGCUCGGGUGCCAUCCCUGCAGGGCCCAGUCUGUCUCGGGACCCAGGCCAGGCUCUGGGUGUCCCUAGGGAGACGUGGACCUUUGCAUUCACUGUCAGGGGCUGAGUCCCAGCACACCCCGGCCCUGAGUGAGAUGCUCCCUGGGAUGUGCGUGAGAACAGCUGCCAGCCCUGGCAUGGCCUCCGUCACCAAUCCAUGACACCUGUGUCCCUCAUCAGUGCCACGAAAGGCCCAGGAAACCAUUGGAAGCCUCGAUGUUUCUGGGGCGUGCGUGGGGACUGCCCUGAGGUUAUCUGGUCACUGCAGCCCAACAGCUGUCGGACCUGUGACUUUGCUGGCGUCAGGGAGAUCCUGCUCCCAGACAGAGGCCACGCGCCACCCUGUCGGCACCAGACAGCAGGGCAGGUACCCUCAGGGCUGUUCCCAUGCGGGGGUCCGGGGUCUACCCUGGAUCUGAGUCAGGUCUGCCGUAGGCUCUGGCCUCGGGACUGACACAGGGCAAGAGCACAACGGGGAGGAGGGGAGAGGAGAGGGUGGCCACUGCUGCCCUGUGGCCCUGUCCGCACGGUUGGAGGGACGGGCCUGAGGUUCUAUCUGCUCCCUGGAACGUUUGAACGUCUGAGGUCCUUACGAAAAUAGAUAUC